GGUGUAUCUAUUAUAGUCUAUAAGGAAGGAAUCUGAUUGGCUGUGCUUGAUCACGUGAACAUGAGAAAUUAUAAAUUCUGACGUCAUAUCACAGAUGAUAUCAAAGAUGGCCGACAGUGGUGCUGAAAAUCUUCGUAAACAAAUUGCUUUUUUGUCAAGUAAGAUGUUAUUUUUGACAUUACGUGACCUUUUUAAAAGGUUUUGAAAUCUAUGGGAGUUAGGGUAUACUGAUAUGUUGGGUUUUUUUAUUUGUAGCGUACUAAAUUACUGUAUAAAAUCCCCAAAUUACAUCAUUGUUGAAGUAGUUUUGUCAAACGAGGCCAAAGGCCGAGGCUAAUAAUAAUCUGUGUUAGGGCCUGUUUAUAUGAAGGCGAGUUACCCGGCAAGGCGAGUCACUCAGCAACGAUCCCGGCUAUUAUAGAAACUAAUAGUAAUCCUGGGUGACUGUUUACAUGAUGCAGCCGAGUAACUCGCCUUGGCAGGCGGGAUCUCGCCUAGGCAGGAUAAAUAUUUUCCAUGUAAACACUUUUCCCGGGUAACUCGGCCGCCCAAGAUAGAAUGUACGUACAAAAAUACAUACAAAUCAAUAGAUAAGUUUAACUGAAUUGCUCGGCGCUUAUUCUUUCACUAUAUUUUGUAAUGUUUUUAGCAUUUCAAAUGAUUGAAAUCCAUUUUGUGUUUUAGCACUAUAAUCGGUGUCAUGCAGCAAUCAUGCAGCAAAUGCCGAGUAACUCGUUUCCAUAUAAACAGUAGGCUUGUUUGUCCCACCUGGGCAAGUAACUCGCCUUGCCAGGUAACUUGCCUCCAUAUACACAGGCCCUUAGUAUGUUGCCUUGAAUAAGCACUGUAAUUUUAGUACGUCGCCUAUUUGUGUAUUUUAAGAUUUGAUUGACUCACACAAGAAUGACAAACAGAACGAUAAACCGGUUGUGAAAAACAUAAUCCCAAAUUCUAAACAAAACAAAACCUGGACAAGAUGGAAAAGCGAAAGUGCGCUAAAUAAAAGUAAUUUAAACCAAAAUAAACAGCCGAGUCAGAGAGGGCAUGGACAUGAAAUUGUCAAAAGUCAGUUGUCAAGAACUGUUCAUAAUGUAGAAGGUAACAGUAACGUACAGCAAUCAACAAACCAACAGAAAAGUAAUCCUAGCAUGAAAUAUAAAUUACAUACUAGGAAACUAACAUCUACAAAGUCAGCAUCAGCAAUUGAUGGUCAUGCAUCUAAAACAACUGUUCUGACAAAAACGCCGCUAACAAGUUCAAGUUCGGUUACAAAAACACCAUUCAAAAUGGUUGCUAGGGCUCCUUCCAGCAGACAUUCAAUAACCAAACAGUCAAGUGGUACAUUAAGGCAACCAAAGGGCAACUUAACAUGGACAAAGAAUGAAAAGAAAAGCACACAGAUAGAAAAUUUAAAAUCAACAGAAGAAAACAAAAUGGUGUCAUCCAAUACCAAGACUCUUACCAAAAAUCCUUUAUUAAAUUCCUUCAAGUCUGGUAAACCUUUUAGAAAAACUAAAAGUCUUUCAACUAUUAUUAAUAGACCCUCAUCCAGUAGUCAUUUAAAUACUACACCAUCAACAUUAGACCGACGGACUGUAGUUUCGUUAAAGUCUGCUAAACCUCUUACAAAAGCCACAAGUCUGCACCCUUUACGUAGCAGUGACUCAAACAAGACCUCAACAUCAGACCAAAGGACUGUUGCUUUGCCAAAGGCUUCUAAGCCUCUCACAAAAACUAUGAGUUUUCACUCAAACUCUAUCUCAACAAGCACAACAUUAGACAGGAGGGCUGAAUAUUUGCCAAAAAGCCAGAAGACAGCUUCAAAUGUAGUAAAUAAUAGUAAUAUAAGUACUGCCAAAUCUACUACCGGUACUUCAUUAAACAGAGGGGUUGUGCAUUUGCCCAGAAGCCAUAUAUUAACCAACUCAAAGGUAUUAAAUAAUACCUCAAACAGUCAUGUCCAAUCUACGACCUCACUGGAUCGAAGGACAACAACUUUGCCAAAAAGCCAUAGAACACCUUUAAAGGUAUCAACUGAAACCACCAAAAGUAAUGUACCAAAUGCUACCAUAACCAAAGGAGCAAAAUUAAAAUGGCGACGUAAGAGUGCCAGUCAACUAAGGAAUGAUUCGGUCAGUAAGAAUCCAAGGUCUAAGAAUUUGUUUGGAAAAGAACUCCAAACACGUAUUGCCUUGAAAGCCAAAUGGCGAAAGGCAAAGACAAGUUCUACUACACUCAGGAAAGCCGUUUCAAGUGCAGGGCACUCAAGGAUUUCAGUAAAUCGCAUACCAAAAAAUGCUAAGUCCAAGGGUGUAUUCCAUAGUCCGUAUACUAAAAAUAUUCUCCAGUCACGAACAAUUCCAAGACGGUCAAGACUAAAGUGGAGUAAGAGUUUGUCUCAAUCAAAUCUGAAUAUGAAAAGUGAUCAGCCAGCUGUGAGAAGCAAGGCGAAGUUUGCUCAUAAUUCGAGAUUUUGUCUGAAGAGAAGAAAGAGUAUCGAAGGAAAGGUGUCAGGAGUGAAUACAGAUUACUUGGGUUCAAGUCCUGUUAAAACUGGAGCCAAGGUUACAUCACAAAACAAAGGAUUUGUUGCUAGGUUAGUUGAAUUGUUAAGUUUUAAUGGACAGCUCUGUCAGUUCGUAACUGUUCUCUUUAGAAGUUCAGUAAGGGUCAUCCCUUGUUGGUCCUGCAUUACUAGAGGGUGAAGCCCGAAUUACGGAGAAAACCUUCUUUUUGCAUUGUGCAACUGAGGCAAAAUUAUAUUCAGAAAACUGUACAGGAAUAAAACACCAGGCCUAGUCACACUACUGUCAGUGUCAUAAUGUCUUAUUAGUAGUAUUGUAUCUUCAAGUCUUCAACGAAAAUAUGAUUUCAUUUCAAUUUUCAUUUCAUCAGGCGUAUGAAGUACAUUGCCCGUGGCUCUCAGACUCAAAACAGAUCUUUUACAUCGAAACAUUCACUCAAAACAAAUGGUAUGUAUAUGCUCUUUGAAAAAUCACCUGUCCAAACUUGGUUUGAGUGAAAAUUUUCAAGAUAGCAAGUAUCAUGUUUUAGAAUAACUAAAAUGAAAGUAUUUGAGUGGAAAAGUCUUUUUGCCUUUACUUUCAGUGCGACCUCAGUUAAAAAGAAAAAUCAAAAUUGGUGGAAGUGUGUACCUCAUAAGUUCUCAUGGUAAAUCUCUGAAGAAGACCAUACCAUCAAAAGAUUAUACGACCAUGUUUUCAUCCUCGCCACGAAGGCAUUCACUUCAUGUUUACCGGAGACCAAGUGUUGGUUCAUCAACUAAUACAGUGUCAGUGAAUAGAAUCUUCAAAAGGCAAAAUUCAGUUGAUAAGAACAAGACACGAAAAGCAAAGUAAGUCUUUUGUUCUUUAGUUUUGGUCACACAUAUAUGUUCAGAAAUUUAUGGUUGAGUUAGGAUGCACAGAAAUACAUUCAUGACCAUAUCUGAGCGUAGCUGCAGUUAAAAGUUAUAUCGUUAUUAAAUAUAAAUUGUUUUAUUUGUGUAGUAAAAUCUUAAAAAGGACUUUACAAAAUGUUCAAGCCGUGAUGAGGAAAGUUAAGAAACAAAAGUCCAAGUCUGAGGAGUAUUGCAUGUUUUAUAAUAAGUUUGGUAGGUAUUUCUCCAUAAACGGAGCAUGGAGAUUGAAGGGUGUUUCUAAGUUCAUGUGUAAUACUUGUUGUAUUACAGGAAAAUGUACAAAGCACACACAGGGAAAAUGUCCGUAUAUUCAUGAUCCAACAAAAAUUGCGGUGUGUACAAGGUGAGAUGUAUUUUGUAACCAAGUGUAUAAAAAUCUGGAAGAAUAUUAAUAAGAAAUAAGUGCUCUCAUUAGAAGGAGCAUUUCAAAAUUUAUGGCCACAACUUCCCUGCAUGCCGUAUCUUCUUUUCCAUAAAGGUUUCUUCGUGGGAAAUGUCAACAGAUGGAUGGCACUUGUCCGUUUUCACAUAAAAUUGACAAAGAAAAGGUGCGUUGUUCAUCCGUGUUAAGUAGCAAAGAGGCAUAGAACUCUAGAGGGGAAGAAGAGGGAUGCAAAAAAAUUGCAAAGAAGGAGAAAACAACAAUUGAUGGAUCGAUUAUUUUUUGUUGGUUGCCAGCAGCCAGCCUUUCCCCCUUUAUGUAAUGAUCGUUCCUCGCUUGUGCCAUUCUCUGCAAAUCCAUACAGAACCCUAAUUUGCUUGACUUUUCUUUUCUAAUCCAACUUUUUUCUAACCUUCUAAGAGGUGUAGGAUUCUUACUUUGGUUCUCUCUAAUGUAGUGUAAUAGUCUGUCCUCUUUCCCCCUUCACUUCUACUCUCUACUAAAACAAAAAAUUAGGCCACUUGUAAAGCAAUUUGUCAACUACUCUCUCUCUCCUAAUAAGUUCUUUGUAGGAUUGCAUGGCGAUAAAACAUAUAAUACUUUUUGCAAAGCUUUGCAGUAAUAAAUUUACGUGGUGUUUCCACAAACAAAAAGUAUUAUACUCUCUCUUUCCUAUUUAUUCUCUACCCUAUUCUUUUUUCAGAUGCCUAUUUGCCAGUAUUUUCUCAAAGGCAAGUGCAACAGAGACGACUGUCCCUAUUCUCAUGUGAACGUCGGUCGACAAGCUGUGGUCUGCGAGGACUUUCUGAAAGGUUACUGUGCUCUUGGAAUCAAGGUAUAUUAUACAAUACGGCCUAUAUGUCUGAUCGCGGAGCACAACUAUUAAAGGUGGAAGGGUUGUAAACCCACCAAAAUACAGGAGUGAACCAUGACCACAAGUCUAUACGAAUUUUCAACUAUAUAUACGAAUUUUCAACUCUAUAUGAAUUUUCAACUCUAUACGAAUUUUCAACUCUAUACGAAUUUUCAACUCCAUACGAAUUUUC